AUGUUACUGUCAACUUUAUGUACAGCUUUACUUUCUUCCCGGUAAUGUAAAAAAGGCAAUUAGUGCUUUGUUGCUUAAAUUUUGUGCAUCCAAUGUUGUGCACAAUUAUAACUCAUAACUUUACAAUUAACAAUAACUUGGCUAAUUAAAACUCGAGGUUGAAAUAAAUUAGAGUUUAAUAAAGGAAAAAAGUCUAAAAAUAAUAGCCUGAUAAAUGAGUUGGCAUUAAAAACUAUUAAACAAUUAUGAUAACAAUAAUUAAGUCCAAUACAAAAGCGAAACUCUAUAUAAACAUUAAAAAGAAUAUUUGCAAUGAAGUUUGCAAAUUACAUAGCCGGUCGGUGAUACAUAAAAACUGUUGCCACAUUAUGUGCACUUAGUAUAAUUUACUGCAAUGUUGUUAGCUACAAAAAUUGUAUCAACUGUGAGCAUGUAUUGGACACCCACAAAUGAAAAAUACAACCAUACGACACUGAACGUUAUACAUGGAAAAAUUAUGCUUUGGUAUUUAUGAGUGACAAAAUGUUUACCAGCGCCAACAUUAAGCAAAACCUCUUUUUUGUCACAUUAACGACACCUCAUUUACAAUGACAACCGUUAAUUGUUUACAAUCGCCAAUAUCUUCUUCCAAAACGUUAUAUUCUCCAUCGGCAGCAAGAGUGUCAGCAUCCUGUUUCUCUUCAUUUUGCUUUAAUAGAAGCGUAGGCUUAUACGAAAGUUGCUCAGUAACGAAUUCACCCAAGCAAAUUGCAACUAAUUCACAUUUAACACACCAGUUACCACAACAGACAUUGGAGAAAACUUCAAGCCAUUUUAUUGAAUCAUCGGAAAACUCUUUAAACGACGUCCCACUUAAUGUUUCGUUAUUGGCUACAGUCUACAGAGGUUAUAACAACAAUACAGAAACAUAUUUCUUAUCUAAAACCGAUGCUUUCAAAAAAUCUGAAUAUCCUUUAAGAAAACAGGAAGACAUGUCAAAAGUCCUCACAAGACCGGAAGAUUUUUAUGCCAAAGGGCGUAUAAGUAUUGAAGACGAAAGAACUUUGAAAUUAGCAGUAGAAUUAACUAUGUUAAAUUUAAAAAGAAAUGAUCCCUCAGCGCCGCCUACGGUCAGAAGUAAGCCACUUCUAGAAAACGAGACUCAAGGCAAUGUAUCGUCAUCAAUAAGCCAAAGCUUUUCCACAUUGAAUAAUGCAUACGGAAAUACAACAAAAGUAAUUUUACAAACCCAGUCAGAUGUUAUUUCUCCAAAUACUUCUUUACAUCAAAACCAUACCAUAAUUGAAGGAAACGACAUUAGCAGAACAAAUUCUCUCACAAAUCUUAGUCAAACAUUACCCUUAAUUUCCCCCCUAAUCAGCGAUGAACGUUCAAAAAAAUCACAAAAUAUGACAGAAUGCGUUCCAGUACCUAGCUCAGAACAUGUUGCCGAAAUUGUUGGCCGACAAGGUUGUAAAAUCAAAGCUUUGCGUGCCAAGACAAAUACAUACAUAAAGACACCAGUUCGAAAUGAAGAACCUGUUUUUGUUGUAACUGGCCGAAAGGAAGAUGUAAACAGAGCUAAACUUGAAAUUUUAUCAGCUGCCGAACAUUUUACUGUAAUAAGAGCUACGCGUCGCAUUAAUGAAAAUGGUGCAAUUCAUUCUCCUUCGUUAGGAGAUAAGCAACAAUUACUGGGAACUCAUAAGACCAAUAAUACAUCGUGCUUACAAACACCAGGACAAGUAACCGUACAAGUACGAGUUCCAUAUAGAUUAGUAGGUUUGGUUGUUGGAACCAAAGGUAAUACAAUAAAGCAUAUACAACACGAGACUCAAACAUAUAUUGUUACGCCGUCAAGAGAUAAAGAGCCUAUUUUUGAAGUAACCGGUUUAGCUGACAACGUGGAGUUGGCUAGAAAACAUAUUGAGAUUCAUAUCGCUACAAGGCUUGGAAGCACCAAGAAUAACUCUAUUGCUACAUCAGCUUCUCCUUCUUCGCCGCUUACCACCAUACGACCACUAAUUGAAAUUGAAUCAACGAAAUCGUCUCUAAAUUCACUUAAUUCAUUCAAUCAUAUAUUAAAAGGCGACUUGCAUUCAGAAAUAUUAUCAUCGAUUUAUAAAAAUGGCAUUUGUUCUACAUUAGAAUGUGGGCACAUACAUGCAAAUAAUUUAAAUUCGGAUGAAAAAUGUUAUACUCUACCAUCAGUGAAUGGGGGCCUUCUUGAAGAUAAAGAAAACCCUUCAUCAUUUGUAAUUAACGGCCGUGCUAAUAAUGAACUGAAAUGUGUUGAUUUUGUAAACAAUCUUAUAGACUCGAGUAGCUCUCAAUUUUUCUCCAGAACAAAUUUUACAUAAAAAUAUUUGAUAUGAAUUGAUCAGCAUAAAAUAUAGAAUAUCACGUUUUUGUUUUAAACUCAGUAUUUGGUAAUUUUCUAUAUUUGAAUCUGAUCCGUAUCAAAAACAAAUACAACUUUGCUUUCUUCUCAUAUACAUUAAAAAAAUAAACGUAAAGAUUAAUCUGUUGCAAGUGACAUCAAAUAAUUGAUUUUCUAAUACAUAAAUGACAUAUUAAACCUUAACUCCCACUACAGCGCCAAACUAGUCAGAAAAGUAAAAAUAAAACAUUUGUCAUUAUAGAAGAACAUAUUUGUUCAAAUUAUUUAUAUAAAAAAAUCCAAAAAUAUAUGGAUAUUUACCUCUGUAUAUCCAAAUAUAUGCGCAUAUUUUAUACAAUCUAUUUUUAAUAUGUAUUAUAUUUGCAUUGUA